UCCGCACCGCGGCCGGGGCCGGUGGGUGCCCCGAGUCCGCCGAUGCCCCAGCUCUGCCGGGUCACGGCCUCGCUGCUCCUGGGCACGGCCAGGGCAGCGUGCGACGAGGAGCUGCUGGAGCGGGAGGGGGUCACCUUCUGCGUGAAUGUCACCCGGCAGCAGCCCUUCCCCGGCCUGCGGCGCGUCCGCGGCAUCCGCGUGCCCGUGUUCGAUGACCCGGCCGAGGACCUGUACCGGCACUUCGAGCCCAGCGGAGCCGCCAUCGAGGAGGCCGUGCGGGCCGGGGGCAGGUGCCUGGUGUACUGCAAGAACGGGCGCAGCCGCUCCGCUGCCAUCUGCACGGCUUACCUGAUGAGACACCGGCAGCUCCCGCUCAAGGACGCCUUUGAGGUUGUGAAAACUGCCAGACCGGUAGCAGAACCGAAUGCAGGAUUUUGGUCUCAGCUGCAGAGAUAUGAAGAAGAUUUACAGAUACCAAAGCAGUCUGUUCUGCUGAGCAAAGGACUUAAAAAUAGCAGUGGGUGA